AUGUGCACUGGGAAAUGCUCCAAAGGCAUUGGGAUUGCCCUCCUGCCUCUCGCUGUCUGUGCUAUCGUCUCCAAUCUCCUCCUCUACUUCCCCAACGGAGAAGUGUUGGAAGCACGCAAGAUCACAGACUUGGUCUGGUUUUUCCAUGGUAUUCUUGGAGCUGGAAUAUUGGUUUUCUUGCCAGCAUUUAUGAUAUUGGGUGCAGGCGAAGCCAAAUGCUGCGCUAACAGAUGUGGGAUGGUUCUCUCUCUCGUCUUUGCUGUGCUUGGAGCUGUUGGUGGACUGUACUGUGUGAUCAUCUCAUCCUUGGGGUUAAUCAGUGGUCCUCUCUGUGAUAUUGGUGACGAAGUAUAUAUCUACCCUUUCAGGAAUGACACCUUAGCGGACAAUUAUUUGUUUAACCAGACAACCUGGAGCGUCUGCAAAAAACCCGAAAAUAUCAUCCUUUGGAACAUUGUGUUGUUUUCCCUCCUGCUGGCAAUCGGCAUGGCUGAAGCCAUCCUCUGCCUCAUUCAAGUGGUCAACAGUCUCAUUGGCUUCAUAUGUGGCUUGAGGGAAAGAAAGACGGAUAUUGCAGGAAUGUGA